AUGGGAGGAAGUACAUUAGCUAAUCGAGCCAGCCGUUUCAACAAUAAACUAUCUGAAGAGACACCAGGGCCUGGUGCAUAUGAACUACGUAAAACUCAAUCAGCUCGCUCAACUAUAACUGAUAUUGUCAAACAACCACGUCCUAAUGCAUUUAAAUAUAAUCGUAAAUCUCUUCCACCAUCGAUACCCGAUCCUAAAUUAGCCUACGGCUUCGAAGAAGAUGCCAUGGGAACACUUGUACCACAACAAGCACCACAACGAGAUGCUUCUAUAGGUCCAGCAUUUUAUAGUCCACCAGCUACAGUAGAAGUUGAUGCAUCGAAAUUGUAUCAUGGUGUUCAUUUCGGAAAAUAUUCUGGCAAACGUACAGAAUUUACCGGUAAAACAGGCCCUGGACCUGGUGAAUAUGAUCUUAAUGAUGGCGUAAAACUUGAAAUUCAUCAUAUUAACAUGAAAACAUGGGAUAAAAGACCGGAAUUACAAGUUGCACGAUAUCCUGAUAAUUUACUUAAAACAGCUACCAAAGAAAGUAUUCCAGGACCAGGUCAAUAUUCAAUAAAACGUGAGCUCGAUCCCGAACCACCCAAAGGUGAUAUUAUUGGACUUGAAUUUGAACGGCCAGGUUUUGGUUCACAAACUGAACGAUUUAAUGCAAUUAAAUCUGCAGUACCUGGUCCUGCAACUUAUACAGAUAAAGUAAUGACAGCAUUUAAUGGUAGUCAAUCGAAACCGACAAGUCUUAAACGAAAUCCAUUUAAUCAAACAUCAGCAAGAUUCGUUAAUCUUGAUUAUAAAGUAAGAAGUGCUCCUGGUCCUGGCCAAUAUCGUAUACCGGGUUUUGCUGAUGAAAAUUUACGCAGAGCAGUCGUUGAAGGUGGAAAAAAACCACCGUUCAACAUAGCUUCCGUAAGAAGAUUAAACAUGGCACGAAAAGAUGAAUACAAUACACCUGGUCCAAGUAGUUAUGAUAUUAAAGUUAAGCCAUUCAAAGCAAAACUUGAUCAUCCAACAUCGAAUUUUGUUUCAAGUACAACACGAGACGCUGUUGUUGAGGAUAUCCCAGGACCAACAGCUUAUGACGUAUCGCGUGCUUAUCAAGCCCUUACAUCUCAACAUCGACAACCACCCCGUUCGAAACAUGCUCGUAAACGACAUGGACAAUUUUUAAGUGCCGCUAAACGAACAUUUGCUGGUGACUUAUCAAUUGAUACACCUGGUCCUGGUGCUUACGAUGGAUUUAUAAAUGAACGGGCACGAGGUGCUGCACCUGUUCGAGAUAGUCGUUUUCGUCAUGAAAUUUCUAAAGUACCAGGUCCUGCUGAUUACGAAUUAUCACCACUCAUGCAAGACACUGUUCUUCGUGGCACAUUUAAUUCAACAUUAAACAAUCCUAUUUUAACCAAACUACAGAAUCGUGCCUUGCGUGAGGAAAAAUUAGCAGCUGCAGCCUUAAAUUCUGCAUCAAUUACUCAACCAAACAGCGGUACAGAUGGUAUUGGAGAAGUAGCUGUUCACAGUUGA